AUGCAGCAUUUCGAACAGAAUGACUCCGAGCUUGGUUCAAAAUUGUCAUUAGACAACAAAGAGACUGAAACCUCUCAAGAUGCGGGUGCCGAAGAUCACCCAGAGGGCGAGGUAGAGGGAGACGCUGCGGCCGAACCGACUUCUUCUAAGAGCAAGAAGAAGAAAAAGAAGAAGAAGAACAAGAGCGAGAGCCAAAUUACCUCACCCAUUGAGUCCGCCGACAGCAUCGCCGCUGUUGACAUCAAGGCUGAGGGAGGAGAAACAGUCGAGACGGCGGAACAAGACAGAACAGUUACCCCUCCUCCAGAGGAAUCAAAUCUGGUGGUCGAAGACGAGGCAAAGAAGGAUAAGAAGAAGAAAAAGAAGAAGAAGAAGAACGGCCCCAAGAACUCCGAAACAGAUGUGACCUCUGAUGGUGGUCUUGACCCUGCCCAGCCCCCGUCACCCCCGGACACAGACGAGGCACGAGGCGACGAUGAGGCUACACCGGUAGUGGAAGAGGAGGCCGUGACUGCGGCUCCCGAAUCCGAGGCUGCUCUUGAAACUGUGAAGGAGGAGAGCUCUGCUGAUGUUGAGCAGUCCAAUGACGCUGUUCCCGUUUCCGAAGAAGCCAAGGCUGUUGAAGAUGAGGCUAAACCUGCCGACGAGGUUGCCGUCGCCUCCGAAGAGCCUGAGCACGUGGAACCAGAGUCAGAAGUCGCCAAGGAGCACGAGCACGAGCAUGAGCACGAGCAGACACACCAGGAGGAGCACGACCACGCUCCUCAAGAGGAAACUGAGCCUGUUAAGGAGUCAGAGUCAGUGUCUGCUGAGCAUGAAGAUGCUCCUGUUGAAGAGUCUCAUGAUGUCGCUGAGGCACACGAUGAGAAGCCUAUCGAAGAGGCUGCUCACACAGAAGAUACCCAAGCGCCAGUUGAGGAACCCGUUGAGCACCAGGAGGAGCCCGCUGAGCAUCAAGAAGAGCAUAAGGAAGAGCAUAUUGAACAUCAGGAGGAGCCUGUUGAGCAUAAGGAGCACUCUGAACACCAGGAAGCGCCUGUUCAGCAUCAGGAAGAGCAUUUUGAGCACCAGGAGGAGCCCGCUGAGCACCAAGAGGAGCCCGCUGAGCACCAAGAGGAGCCCGCUGAGCACCAAGAGGAGCACAAAGAGGUCCCUGAGCCGGUUGAAACCGACAACAAAGAGGCAGAGCAUCACUCGGAAGAGGAAAAGCAUGUCGAGGAGGCGAACAUAUCCGAUGACAAGUCUGCGGAAGUAGAGAAGCAUGCCGAAGUCACUGAAGAACAUGAUGCCGAAGCAGCUACUGAAGAGCCUGCCAAGGAAAUCGAGGAGCAUGCUACUGAAGACUCACUAGCUGCUAAGCUUGUUGAAGAAGCUAAGGAUUCACUUGUAGAGGACGCUGCGCACGAUGACUCUGAGAAGCACGAAGAGCCUGCCACUGAACAUGAGCCCGUAGUUGAGGAGGCUGAAACCAAGGCUGAGGAAGCUCAUGAAGAAGCUCACAAGGAGGAAGUCAUCGAAGAGACUCCUAGUGACAACUUAACUGAGUCUCAUGUGUCUGCCGAAGAAUCUCAUCACGAAGAACCUCAUCACGAAGAGGCUAAGGUCGAAGAAGCUGAGCCUGUUACUGAUUCCGAGCUCAGCUCAGAAGUGAAGGCUGCUGAUGAAAACAAUGACGAGGUUGCUAAAGAAGAGACUUACGAAGAGCAUGUCGAAGCCCAGGAGAGUGAGCCUGUUCAUGAUACCCACGAAGAGCACAAGGAUGAGGUAGUUGCUGAGGCCGAAACUACUCAUGAGCCAGAAGUGACACAUUCUGAAUUAGAGCACACCUCUCACGAAGAAAUUCAUAGUGAAGAGUCUGUGGUUUCCGAGGAACGUUCCGUCCCCGCCGAAGAUGUCACCGAGUCGGAAAUCUCCAAGCAUGAGUCAGAGAUUGCUCAACCCACCCACUCUGAGAUCGAGGCACCUGCUGAAGAUGCUACUGAGAACACCGAGGCCGAGGCCGAAGUUACUGAAGCUGCAUCGGAAGUCUCAGAGGUGAAGCCUGAAACCACUGAGAGUGAAUCUACUCAUGACGAGCAUAUUACGGCCGCUGAGACCGAAAAGGCGCAACACUUGGAUGAAGUGGUCGAAGUCAUUGCUCCGGCUGAAGCUGAGAAGGCCGUCGAACCUGAGACCCUUAACGAGGCCGACAAGGAGGAGACAUCGGAGGUCCAGGCUGCUUCCGAGCUAACUGAAGACUCCAAGGCCUCUCAUGUUGAGGAACUUGUGGCUGAAGCUGACAAGGAGGUAGAAGCCAAGCCUGAAGAAUCGCACACUCCGGUUCCUGUGGUUGAAGAGUCUUCUGUUCAAGAUACUCCCAUCGUCCCAGCAGAGGAGGCUGCGGUAGUCGAACCUGAGUCAACGCCUGCCGUUGUAGAAGUUGAAAAGGCAAUUGUGCCAGAGCCGGUGGAAGAAGUCGAGCAGCCAUUGGCUGCUGAGGUGGAAGCACCCGCGACUAGAGAGGAGGAAAUUAAGGAUACUGUGGUAGAGAGAGUUAGGAAAGGUGAGGAGCAGCAUUCAUUACAUGAUACCCCUGUUGAUAUUUCGGGACGGUUUGGUGACUCCACAUCGGGUGAGGAGUCGAAGGACCACGGCGUUUUGGAGUUACAUUCGGAAGGCAUUUCGGACAUUCAGAGUCAGUCCUUGCGAGAGGAGCAGAAAGUAGAUCUCAAGCGAGAUGAGCUUGAACGGGCUGAAACCCCGGCUGUGGAGGUGCCUGUUGUUUCUACCAAACCUGAUGUGGAGGCCGUCUCAGAGCCAUUGAUUUCUCAAAAGGAAAAUGCUGAGACAACAUUACCAGAUGAGGAGGAGUCGGACAAGGUUGCUCUCAUUGCUGGCGCAGCUGCAGUUGCCACGGCUGCUACUGCCGCCGUGGCGACCGCUGCCGUCAUUCACCAGGAGCCUGUUGUUGCUUCUGAAGCGCCCAAGUCUGAGGAUAAAGUCCCUGAGCCGGAAGAGACACAUAGAGAGAUUGUCCCCGAAGUGACGAAACCCACUGAAGAGCCUGUUGCCACGCGAGAAGCUGAACCGGCAGUUGUUGCCGAGACAGCUGAGCCUUCUACGUCUAAAACGCCAGUUGCUGCGAAGUCCACUCCGGAAACCUCGUCUCAACGACCAACCAACGAGAUGGACACUACCAAAGCAGUAAUAGUCAUGGACCCCGAACAGGCAAGUAAAGAGAUCACGAAAAGGGCGGAGCCUAUUCAAGAGAACACAAACUUACAGGAUGUAGCCCAAGUCGAGUAUUUUGGAGGCGCUUACGAUUUGGCUAUUGGCGCCGUUCGUGUGGCUGCGCACCCAGUUCUUCGGCGGGAAGAGGACGGACGAAUAAGUGCAUACACCAUGCCCGGAUUGAGCCCUAGCAUCGACAGGGAAGUGCUUGAUGGACCCCCGUUUGCAACAGUGGUCGCUCAAUCCGACGAUGGAGACCGGGCGGAAGUUAUGACGAAGAGAGAAAUAAUGCCAUCACACGAAUUGGAUCGAACUAUGAUCCCCUUAGAAAUCGCUGCCGCAACUAGCCACGUGCCCCCUUUACGAUACCCUGCUCGCAACGCCGACGGUCAAUACCUCCCGAAAUGGAUGAAUCUGGUCUCUCCCGUUGAUUAUGAUCGAAUGGUUCAAGAUACUCCGCCUCCGCUGUCUCUUUCCGUGUUAUUGGAUGAUGAGUUCAAAGUGCCGACUCCUGCCGCUGUAGUUCCCGAUAAGGCAAUGACUGUGACUGACAGGCGGAGGGCUCGAAUGCUGCGUCACAAGAAGAUUCCACUUCAUGAAGCUGAUGAUGACGCAGUUGCAGCUGCUGUGGCCACCAACACCACUGCAGAGGCAUUGAGACCUGUUGCCGGUCCUUCGAUUGCCGGCCUCCGCAGCGGCGUGGACCAUCCUCAUCUGGGACAUCAGAUGAUGUUGGAUUCGGAGGAACUUCAAUCUCUAGCCGUCCCUACUACACGCAGGAGUAAUAGUGAUGUUGAGGAGGAUCUUCAUAAAUCCAUUGCUGACAUUUUCACAGAGGAUAGAUCAAAGGGUUACAUCUCGUCGAGCAGUGACCGUGACCGAGAUCGAGAAAGACGCCACAAGUACCGUCAUUCUCGCCAUUCUUCUCAUUCUAGCAGAAAUCGUGGUGAGGAAGAGGGCAGAGAAUAUAGAGAGAACAGAGAGAGUAAACGCCGCUCACACGAAUCUCAGGGGUCGAACUACCGUCGUUCCACCCAGGACAAUGGUGCUUCAAGGCCUGGAUCUGGGUCAUCUAAGCUGGACACGCCACCUCGGACUCCUCGACGACGCCAUAGCGGAGUUGUUGGAGAAGCUCCUGUACCUUCAAGCCGGAGAUAUAAAAUUCCUGAUGAGCAGGAAGCUCAGGAGCAACGUGAGCAACGCGAGCAGCGCAGAGCGCAGCGCCGUGCUGCUCGGCAACCUGAGCGUUACGACAUGAACGAGGUACAGCAAACAGGGCAACGAGCUGAACGACAGGAACGAGCUGAACGCGCUGAACGUGUUGAACGAGCUGAACGUCUCGAGCGCUCAGAUCGCGAACGCUCAGAUCGCCCGGAACGCACUCGGCGCUCAGAGCGCAUUGAACGUUCUGAGCAGGUUGAGCGACCCGAACCACCUCAGCUGCUCGAUGACCGUGACUUACAAGACGACGGCUAUGACCGCUCUGAGAAAUACGAACGACGUGAGCGACAGCGGCAUGAGCGUCGAGAACGCCGCGAACGCGAACGCCGCGAACGUGAACUCUACGAAAAGCCUGUUGAGCCUCAGACUGAGAAAUUCCCAGCUACUGACGAUAGCCAAGAAAGGGCACCGGAGCCUGCCCCUGCCUUUGCCCCUGCACUUGCAUCUGCAUCUACAGAGCGCAAGGGCAAAGAGGUGGGGUUCGACCUGCCUCCAGAAGACAUCAAGCGCCAUCGUAGCCGCUCCUUUCGCCAGCGUGCCAGUAACUCUCAUUACUCCCGAGAUGACUUCAUGCGGCGGUCGCAAUCUCCUGAGAAGGACUCUGGAUUCCCCGCUCCUGAAAAGAGAUUUUUCGAAAUGAAGAAUGCCCAGGGAGUGGUUCGCAGAUCAUCGUCGCCACCACUUCCAGACAAGUCUAUCUUCGUACCAAUACGGGAGUCUUCACUUCCAGAAGGCGCGAGGCCCAGAACCCGAGACCGGGAUGCUCACCGGCCUCGUGAGCGUCGGUUAUCCGAGGCCACCUACGAUAGACCUCGCGGAAGUCGGCCCGAACAUCUUCCUAGGCAAUCAGGGCCGCUGGAUGAAGGUGACGAUUCUGCUCGACGAGCUCGCAAUGAACGCAGGCGUCAGAGAGAUGCCAAAGAGGCUAGAGAGCAAGAGAAGAAGUCUGGAGGGUUCAGGGGCGUGUUUAAGAGAUUGUUUAAUUGA